CUUUUUCCUCCAUCCUUUUGUUCCCAACUUCGCUCAUUCUAUUUUCUAGUCUAUUUUCUUUCUUCUCGUUCCUCAUUUGAGUCUUAAAGGAGCUCUGGUUGUUCUGAAUCUGAAACAAGGAAGGGAGAAGUAAUGGCUGAUCAUAGAACCUUGACCCGAAUCCACAGCAUCCGCGAGCGGCUUGCAGAUACACUAUCAUCUCACACUAAUGAGUUGCUGGCUCUCUUCUCAAGGUUUGUUAAGCAAGGAAAGGGAAUGUUGUUACCUCAUCAAAUUCUGGCAGAGUAUGAAUCUGUAAUCCCUGAAGCGGAUCGAGAAAAGCUUAAAGGUGGUGUCUUUGAAGACGUUGUCAAAGCUGCUCAGGAGGCCAUUGUCACACCUCCAUGGGUUGCUCUUGCGAUCCGGCCGAGGCCUGGAGUGUGGGAAUAUGUCAGGAUUAAUGUGAGUGAGUUAGCAGUUGAGGAAAUGAGCGUGCCUCAGUACUUGCAAUUCAAGGAAGACCUUGUGAAUGGAAGAUCUGAAAGCAAUUUUGUGCUUGAGUUGGACUUUGAGCCUUUCAAUGCUUCAUUUCCUCGCCCCUCGCUCUCCAAAUCCAUUGGUAAUGGCGUGCAGUUUCUCAACCGGCAUCUUUCUUCGAAAUUGUUCCAUGACAAGGAGAGCAUGUACCCACUGCUAAAUUUCCUCAAGGCACAUAACUACAAUGGAAUGAGCAUAAUGUUGAAUGACAGAAUUCAAAGUUUAACUGCUCUCCGAUCUGCGCUGCGCAAGGCUGAGCAAUAUCUAAUGAGUAUACCACAAGAAACUCCAUAUUCUAAAUUCAACCAUAGAUUCCAAGAGCUUGGUUUGGAGAAAGGCUGGGGAGAUACAGCCGGGUGUGUACAGGAGACAAUUCAUCUUCUCCUUGAUCUUCUUGAGGCACCUGAUCCAAACACCCUGGAAAACUUCCUUGGUGCUGUUCCAAUGGUGUUCAAUGUUGUCAUCCUAUCCCCCCAUGGCUACUUUGCUCAAGACAAUGUUUUGGGUUAUCCUGACACUGGCGGCCAGGUUGUCUAUAUCUUGGAUCAAGUUCGUGCGCUGGAGAAUGAAAUGCUUCUGAGAAUAAAGAAACAGGGACUUAAUAUCACUCCCCAUAUACUCAUUGUGACUAGAUUGCUUCCAGAUGCAGUUGGGACUACUUGCGGUCAGCGUCUCGAGAAGGUUAUCGGCACGGAGCACACCAACAUUCUUCGGGUUCCAUUCAGGACUGAGAAAGGAAUCAUUAGAAAGUGGAUCUCGCGAUUCGAAGUGUGGCCCUAUCUAGAAACUUAUGCUGAUGAUGUUGCAAAGGAGUUGGCUAUGGAGCUGCAAGCUACUCCAGAUCUCAUCAUUGGAAAUUACAGUGAUGGUAAUCUAGUAGCAUCCUUGCUGGCACAGAAACUAGGAAUUACUCAGUGCACGAUUGCCCAUGCCCUGGAGAAGACAAAGUAUCCUAAUUCUGAUAUAUACUGGAAGAAAUCCGAUGAACAAUACCAUUUCUCUUGCCAAUUUACUGCUGAUCUUAUUGCCAUGAACCAUGCUGAUUUCAUCAUCACAAGCACUUUCCAAGAAAUUGCUUGGAAGGAUACGGUGGGGCAAUACGAGUCUCAUACCGCCUUCACAAUGCCUGGACUCUACCGCGUCGUUCACGGAAUUGAUGUCUUUGAUCCAAAGUUCAAUAUUGUCUCUCCUGGAGCCGAUAUGUCAAUCUACUUUUCUUAUUCUGACAAGAACAAAAGGCUAACAGCCCUUCACCCCGAAAUAGAGGAGCUGCUCUUCAGUGAUGUUGAGAACUUAGAGCAUAAGUGUGUACUGAAUGACAAGAGCAAGCCCAUAAUAUUCUCUAUGGCAAGACUGGACCGGGUAAAGAAUAUAACUGGCCUGGUUGAGUUCUAUGGUAAAAAUCCUCGUCUAAGGGAGCUCGUUAACCUUGUCGUGGUUGCUGGAGACCAUGCCAAGGCAUCCAAGGACUUAGAAGAGCAAGCUGAAAUGAACAAAAUGUACAGCCUCAUUGAGCAGUAUAAUCUUGAUGGGCACAUAAGGUGGAUUUCUGCUCAGAUGAAUCGUGUCCGGAACGGCGAGCUGUAUCGCUACAUUGCAGACAAAAAGGGAGUCUUUGUCCAGCCUGCCUUCUAUGAAGCUUUUGGGCUCACAGUAGUGGAGUCAAUGACCUGCGGGCUUCCGACCUUUGCAACAGUUCAUGGAGGUCCUGCAGAGAUCAUCGUCCAUGGAGUUUCAGGUUUCCACAUUGACCCCUACCAGGGUGAUAAGGCUGCAGAGCUGCUGGUAAAUUUCUUUGAGAAAUGUGAGGAGGACCCAACAUACUGGGAGAAGAUCUCCAGGGGAGCCAUGAAGCGCAUUGAAGAAAAAUACACCUGGAAACUGUAUUCUGAGAGAUUGAUGACCUUGGCUGGUGUCUAUGGUUUCUGGAAGUAUGUUUCUAACUUAGACAGGAGAGAGACAAAGAGAUAUCUUGAGAUGUUCUAUGCCCUCAAAUAUCGUCAAUUGGCAGAAUCUGUUCCUUUGCAUCAAGAUGAGGAGAUUGUUCCCAACAGCACUGACUGAAAUACUCUGGCCAAAUUCAAGUUUUUUUUCCGUUUAUUUCAAACGUAAUAAAAAGCUAGAGACUUCUUAUUUGAAAAUUUACUGCUUUUGUAUAAGGCUCAAAUGCCAAAAUAUUUGCAAUGCAAUUCAAUUUUUUGUUU